AUGGCUAUCUCCGAUCUCCUGAAUCGCCGCGUGCGGGCUAGACCGGAGGAUGACGAAGAUGACUACUCCGACGAAGCGCCAUCCGAGACCGGGGUCCAGAAUGAGGGCUCGGAGGCAUCAGACUCGGAAAAUGGGAGCGAAGAUGACUCCGAGGGGGUCGACGAUCUGUCGGACAGCGCAAACGAAGACGAGGCGGACGAGGACGAAAGCGAAGACGACGAUGAUGGAAACGAAGACGUACGAGCCUCUCUCAACAACAUAUCGUUCGGCGCCCUUGCCAAAGCACAAGCUUCUAUGGGCUCGAACAGCAAGCGCCACUCCAAACCGUCUAAAUCGACCGAGGAACCUUCCGCUUCAUCGCCGCUGGACGACAUUCGAGCUCGAAUCCUCGAGGCACGUGAGCAAAAACGACAAGCAUUGAAAGAUGCCGAGAAGAAAGCAUCGCGCUCCUCCAAACAUGCCCCAAUGGUCCAGUCGUCCAAGCAUGCCGUUUCCCGCAAGCGAACGAUCGUUGAACCACCAUCUAUCCCCAAGUCACGAGAUCCGCGAUUUGAUCCGACAGUCAUGAGCUCAAGUAGUCGGUCAAACUCAGAAGCCGCCGAAAAGGCGUACGGAUUCCUGGAUGAAUACCGUGCCAAUGAACUUAAAGCAUUGAAAGAGCAGCUUGCGAAGACCAAGAAUGUGAACGAAAAGGAGGAAUUGAAGCGCACCAUUCGGUCUACGUCCGAUCGUCUACGAGCGAUGGAGAAUAAGAAGCGCGAGAAGGAGGUCAUGGCCGACCAUAAGAAACGAGAGAAACAACUCAUCAGCGAAGGAAAGAAGAGCAAUCCUUAUUACAUGAAGAAGUCGGACCUGAAGAAGCAGGUUCUACUCAAGAAGUACGAGGACAUGAACUCCAAGGAUCGGGCGAAGGCUCUGGAGAGACGACGAAAGAAGAUGGCUUCCAAGGAGCGGAAGGAGAUGCCCAUGGAACGAAGAGGCAUGGGUGAUGGUGACGAUGGAGAAGGCAGAAAACGCCGGAGAAUGGCCUAG